AGAGACACGCAGGUAAUGUAAAUAUCACAGACCAGGAAAUAAUUUCAGUCGCCGCGUGCAAAGACACAAAGCGCAGUCUGUCUGUGGGAGAAACCCACUGAAGAACCUCUGUGACAUCUGGAGGCAGUGGACGCAGCGACACGCAGGGAAGACCCAGGAAGAAGAGCUGAAAACUUUCUGAAAGGGAGCCACGAUGACGUCAGAGAUGCUCUUGAACAUCCUGGAGGAUCUGGAUGAUGAUGAGCUCUCCAGAUUCCAUUGGUUCAUGCAGCAGCCCAACAAUGUCCAAGGCCUCCCAGCCAUCAAAAAGAGUCAACUACAGACACUAGACAGGUGCAAAACUGUGGAUGUGAUGGUACAGACUUGCAAAGAUUGUGGAGCUGUGCAGAUGACCAGGGUGGUUUUACAGAAGAUCUCCAGGAAUGAUCUGCUGCAGAGGUUUCCUGCCAGCAGCUCAGGACCAGAAGUGCCUGUCAGUGAUGUUGGAGAACCUUCAGAGAACAGAGAACCUUCCUCCUCUCAAACUCAGCCUCCUCUUCCUCAGACUGAAGAUGAGACUGUUCCGGAACCAGAACCACGUCCCAUCAGAUAUUACCAACAGAAGCUUCAGUCAAACUUCCAGGAGACGUUUCUGGUCACAACAGAGGGGUGGGCAGCAGAUGAAGAGCGUCUGGUUGAUGUCUACACAGACUUGUACAUCACAGCUGGCCGGGAUGUGCACGUCAACACACAACAUGAGGUAGUACAGAUUGACAAGGUGUGGAAGCCAUCAGACACAGAGACACAGAUCCAACCCAGAGACAUUUUCAAGCAUCCUUCUGGAAAAGACAUACCCAUCAGAACAGUGCUGACCAAUGGGAUUGCAGGGAUUGGAAAAACAUUCCUCGUGCGCAAGUUUGUGUUGGACUGGGCCGAAGAAAGAACCAAUCAAGACGUGCAUCUUAUUUUCCCGUUCACUUUCCGUGCUCUGAAUUCACUGGAGGGAAAAGAGUUUGGGUUGUCAGAGCUCAUUCAUGACCGUAUCCCAGAAACUAAAGACGUCACAGUGGAGGCUCUGAAUUACAUCUUUACAGCUCUGCAGUCCUCAGGAUCCAGCAGCUACCACAAGAGCAGAUUCAAACUGCUGUUUGUGUUUGAUGGACUGGACGAGAGUCGCCUUCAUCUGGACUUUGAUGUCAACAACAUUCCCUCUGUGGAUGUAACAAAGUCAACAAAAAUAGAAAUCCUGCUGAGCGGACUAAUCAGUGGAAAACUGUUGCGCUCAGCUCGCCUCUGGAUAACCACACGACCUGCAGCAGCCGAUCAGAUCCCUCCAAACCUUGUCAACACUAUAACAGAGGUCAGAGGGUUCACCGACCCACAGAAGGAGGAGUACUUCAGGAAGAGAUUCAAGGAGCAGGUCCACAGCAUCAUCUCCCACAUGAAGAAGUCACGAAGCCUUCACAUCAUGUGCCACAUCCCAGUGUUCUGCUGGAUCACUGCUACAGUUCUGGAAGAGCUGCUGAAAACCAGAAAGGGAGGAGAUCUGCCCAGAACCCUGACUGAGAUGUAUGUAGAGUUUCUAAGAUUUCAGAUUGAUCACACAAAAGAAAAGUACGGUUCAGAGAAUUGCUUUCAGUACAUAAAGUCAUUAGCUAAACUGGCUUUUGAACAGCUGCAAAAGGGCAAUCUGAUCUUCUGUGAGAAAGAUCUGAGAGAAAGUGGCAUCGAUCUGAGUGAAGCCUCAGUGUACUCAGGAGUGUUCACAGAGAUCUUCAAAGCAGAGCGAAGGCGGAAAGAGAAAGAAAAGAUGUUCAGCUUUAUCCAUCUGAGCGUUCAGGAGUUUCUGGCUGCUCUUCAUGUCCACGUGACCUUCAUCAACUCUGGAAUUAACCUGCUGGAAGAAGAACAACAAACAACCUCCUGGUGGUCAAAUCUGUUCAGAGCCAAAGUUGAUCCAACAACAGUUUUCUACCAGAGAGCUGUGGACGAGGCCUUACAGAGUCCAAACGGACACCUGGACUUGUUCCUGCGCUUCCUCCUGGGUCUGUCACUGCCGACCAAUCAGAAUCUCCUACGAGGCCUGCUGACACAGACAGGAAGUAGCUCACAGACCAAUCAGAAAACAGUGGAGUACAUCAAGAAGAAGAUCAAUGAGAAUGUGUCUGUAGAGAGAAGCAUCAAUCUGUUCCACUGUCUGAAUGAACUGAAGGAUGAUUCUCUCGUGGAGAGGAUCCAACAGUCCCUGAGAUCAGGAUAUCUGUACACAUAUGAAAUGUCUCCUGCUCAGUGGUCAGCUCUGGUCUUCAUCUUGCUGUCAUCAGAAGAACAUCUGGACGUGUUUGACCUGAAGAAAUACUCUGCUUCAGAGGAGGCUCUUCUGAGGCUGCUGCCAGUGAUCAAAGCCUCAAAGAAAGUUGUACUGAGUGGCUGUAAUCUGUCAGAGAGAAGCUGUGGAGCUCUGUCCUCAGUCCUCAGCUCCCAGUCCUCCAGUGUGACAGAGCUGGACCUGAGUAACAACAACCUGCAGGAUUCAGGAAUGGAGAGUCUUUCUGCUGGACUGGAGAGUCCACACUGUAAACUGGAAGCUCUCAGACUGAGUGGCUGUAAUCUGUCAGAGAGAAGCUGUGGAGCUCUGUCCUCAGUCCUCAGCUCCCAGUCCUCCAGUGUGACAGAGCUGGACCUGACCAACAACAACCUGCAGGAUUCAGGAGUGGAGAGUCUUUCUGCUGGACUGGAGAGUCCACACUGUAAACUGGAAGCUCUCAGACUUAAUCACUGUAAUCUGUCAGAGAGAAGCUGUGGAGCUCUGUCCUCAGUCCUCAGCUCCCAGUCCUCCAGUGUGACAGAGCUGGACCUGACUAACAACAACCUGCAGGAUUCAGGAGUGGAGAGUCUUUCUGCUGGACUGGAGAGUCCACACUGUAAACUGGAAGCUCUCAGAUUGGAGCGCUGCAGUUUGUCAGAGAUCAGCUGUGAUUCUCUGGGCUCAGCUCUGAAGUCCAACCCCUCCCAUCUGGAACAUCUGUACCUGAGCUACAACAAUCUGCAUGAUUCAGGAGUGAAACAUCUGAGUAGUUUUCUAGCGAGUCCAGACUGCAUCCUGAAGACUCUGGGAUUGGUGUACUGCAGUUUGUCAGAGAUCAGCUGUGAUUCUCUGGGCUCAGCUCUGAAGUCCAACCCCUCCCAUCUGGAACAUCUGGACCUGAGUCUAAACAACCUGCAGGAUUCAGGAGUGAAACAUCUGUGUGGUUUUCUGGAGAGUCCAGACUGCAUCCUGAAGGAUCUGGGAUUGUGGAGCUGCAGUUUGUCAGAGAUCAGCUGUGAUUCUCUGGUCUCAGCUCUGAAGUCCAACCCCUCCCAUCUGGAACAUCUGGACCUGAGUGGAAACAACCUGCAGGAUUCAGGAGUGAAACAUCUGAGUGGUUUUCUGGAGAGUCCAGACUGCAUCCUGAAGGAUCUGGGAUUGUGGGACUGCAGUUUGUCAGAGAUCAGCUGUGAUUCUCUGGUCUCAGCUCUGAAGUCCAACCCCUCCCAUCUGGAACAUCUGAGCCUGAGCUACAACAGAGACCUGCAGGAUUCAGGAGUGAAACAUCUGUGUGGUUUUCUGGAGAGUCCAGACUGCAUCCUGAAGACUCUGAGAUUGGUGAGCUGCAGGUUGUCAGAGAUCAGCUGUGAUUCUCUGGUCUCAGCUCUGAAGUCCAACCCCUCACAUCUGGAACAUCUGAACCUGAGCGCCAACUACCUGCAUGAUUCAGGAGUGAAACAUCUGUGUGGUUUUCUGGAGAGUCCAGACUGCAUCCUGAAGACUCUGGGAUUGGUGUGCUGCAGUUUGUCAGAGAUCAGCUGUGAUUCUCUGGUCUCAGCUCUGAAGUCCAACCCCUCCCAUCUGGAACAUCUGGACCUGAGCGCCAACGACCUGCAGGAUUCAUCAGUGAAACAUCUGUUAGAUCUUAAGGAGAAUCCAGACUGCAGCCUGAAGACUCUGGGAUGGGGGUAGUUCUGAUCAGGACGGUGUUUGUGGUGAGAGGAUGAAGUGUGUCCUGAUGAUCCAGAGGUUGAAGCAGCAGCAGCUGGUGUGUAGAGACUCUGACUGGACCAUGUUACUGGGAGGUGGACUGGGAACCAGUGUAAAGUGUGUUGUUAUCACUGUGUAGUUUAGUGUUGCAGCUCCACACUGUGAAUGAUGGAGAACUGCACUUAAUGUUGACAUGAAACGUUGGAGGUUGAUGUCAGGUUGCAGAGUGUGCAGUAAGUUUCAGGAUGUUUGUGUCAGUGCAGGAUUCUAUUUCAGUUGACUUUCUAUUUCCAGCUGCAGUCAAAGUUGUUGAGCUUCUCUACCUGCAACACAUUGAGCUGAUGAGAACAAAGUGUCCUGGAAACAUGUCAGCUGAAGCCUUGGAGCCCAGAGAGAGUUUAAUGAAGCACAUUUUACUGGGUUUUGAUCACAUCAUGUUGAGGAGACAAACAGCUCUGAAGAUGAAUCCAGUUUAGUCCUCAAAGGUCCAGAAGCAGCUUGUUGAGCUCAGAGUUCAUAUUUAAUGUCAACAUCCUUUGACCUUUCUGAGCUCCAGUAAAUGUUUCUUCUAGUUUCUCUCUUCUUCACCUUCACUCGGUUCCUCGUGUUCAGAAGCUUCCAGAUCACUGAUAUUCUUUGUUUUCUGAGCUGCUGCUUUCUUUAAAUCCCUCCAAAGAUUUUAACUGGGAUUAAAUCCAGGACUGAGACGAACCUCCAGGACUUUCCAGGAAGGAUUCCUGAAGCAGGCUUUGGUGGACGUUUGCUUUGGAUGCUGGUCCUGCUGAAAGUCCAGUGAGCUUCAGUUUCCUCACAUUGUUCUUGUAACUGUCUUGGUGUUUGAGAGAAUCCAUGCUGCUGCUCACACGCUCCAGUUUAGCAGCUUCAGAGCCACCAACAGGACUGUUGAUGCUGUUCUUCUGGUCCUUCUGCCUCCAGACGUUCUGCCCAAACAGUCCACUUUAGUCUCAUCAGUCCAUCAGACUCCCAGAACUCUGCUUUGUUCCAACAUGAAGAUCUUGUUGUUCAGUGUUGUCAGACUUUAGUUUCUGCCUUCAUCAGGUCCUGCAGCUCUUUACCAAUAAAACAGGUUUUCUACCAGCUGCUGCUGUCAAACAUCUGCUUCCUCUUGGACAGAUUUUGUCCAGUUUGAUUCAUUGACUCAGUUCAUCCACAUGAGAUUUCUCCUGGUCCUUUCUUCAGAUGAGCCAGAAAAUCUUCAAGUCUUCAUCAACACUCAGUCUCCUGGUGAACUCCAAGUAUUUUCUAUCCUCAGACUUAAUAAAGAACAAAACACCAAAGUCAGACACCAAGUCAGUCAGAGUCAGAUGAAGUCUGAGAUUUACUGUCAUUUCAGCUCCAUGCAGCAAACAGAGGCUGGUUCAUGAACACAGACUCUGAUUCUGAGCUGAAAAUCCACAUUUUUACCCUCUGACUGAUAUCUGCCCACUUGGAGCCUCAGUUCCAGGUUUUCAGUCCUUCACCUGUUUCUGGGGAUGUUCCAGCGUUAUCUUUUAGUUUAUCAUGACCUCAUCUUUGGUAAUGAUUCAAUCUAACCUUUUUACAAUCAUAAUCAUGAGACAUAAUCCUGAGUCAUCUUGUAAAUAAAAAUAAAGGCCUUUAUGAUUUUAAAUAAGUUUAUCUGCAAACUUGUCAAAGUUGA